AUGCCAUUCAACGUCAGCAUCGACAUCCUCAACACCACCAACACCGUCCAUGUACAAGUGGAGCUGCAACGCAUAUGGAACAACUACACCAACUCAUUCAGGAUCCCUGUUAUGAUGGCCAAAGGUGACUUCACUAAAGGAACGACAGGGACGAUAUCACUGAAUGUACCACGAGACAUCUCUGAUGGAAGUUACCGUCUCCAUGUCCGAGGUAGAGGGGCCCUGCAGUUUGAACGAGAAACGUCCCUCAUCCUCCGUUCCAAGUAUAUUUCUGUCAUGGUACAGACUGACAAGGCCAUGUACAAGCCAGGACAGAUGGGUGAGCUGAAAAAGGAUGAUCCUAACAACAACAUUCUGAAGGAGUGGACGGCUCUCCAUGAAUCUUCUGGAGUUGUGGCUGGGGAGUUCCAGUUGGCAGAUAAGACUGUUCUGGGAGAUUGGGCUCUACGAGUUUCACCAGGGGACCAAGUAAGCGUCACCUCUAAAACUUUUACAGUUGCAGAAUACCAACUGCCCCGCUUUGAAGUCAAAGUUGAUCUUCCUUCGUUCUCCCUGACCUCUGAUACAAAGCUGUCUGGAACAGUGAAAGCAAAAUACACCUUCGGAAAGCCAGUGAAGGGUAUGGUGGAGUUACAUACACACAUGAACGUCGCUAACGACUACUGUGGACGACCGCCCAAAUAUGUUGAACUGGCAUUUCCUAUUGACGGGGAAGCCAAAUUUGACAUUCCUGUUGCGGACAUCAAGCGUCUCCAGAGCAGUCUAAAUGAACAAACUGUCGUCGUUGUCGCCAUCGUGAAGGAGGAGUUGACGGGCGUGAGACUGAACGGGUCCAGCUCAGUGAAAUACCACCAAUAUCCCUACAAGAUUGAAGUCCUCAACUCAAGUCCGAAAACAUUCUCACCCAAACUUCCAUACACAGCAUAUAUCAAGCUGUCCCAACAAGAUGGCCGCCCUGUGACCGACCUCAGCAGCCCUGUUGGAGUGUACACCUGUGUCACAUACCGUAUUGUCCAAGAUGACCAGUCCGAGUUCUCCUGCUCAUCCUUCACCGGCAACUACGGCCUCCCACCCAAAAACUACACCAUCCCUGCCUCCGGCAUCAUCCCCGUAGACAUGCGCAUCCCCGAGAACACCACUAGUAUUAACGUCAAGGUUCACUACAAUGAGAUAUCCGACACUCUGACUGUCCAGCAGAAGACCUCCUUCAGUGGCAACUUCAUGCAACUCAAACUCACCAACAAGGGUCUCAGGGCGGGUCAGACAGCUCUGUUCAGCAUUGAGUUGACCGAAGAUGUACCCUUCAUAACAUACCAGGUGUUAUCCCGGGGUACUGUUGACAUCACUGACCAAGUCACUGUUGGCGGCCAGAACCCUGUUCACUUCAAUGUCCCCAUCACUGCAACAAUGGCCCCAGAAGCUCACAUCAUCGCGUACUACGUGAAGGCAUCAGGGGAGGUUGUUGCUGACAGUCUUAGUUUCAGUGUCGACGACGUCUUUGACAACAAGGUGUCCAUUGACUUCAGCAAGAACGACUCUAAGCCUCAUGACAACAUUGAUGUCUUGGUCAGUGCUGACCCAAUGUCAUCUGUCAACAUCCUUGCUGUCGACCAAAGUGUUCUUCUUCUCAAGUCCGGUAACGACAUAUCCACAGAACAGGUUCUUGAUGAACUGAAGACGUACAGCUCUGGACAAACUGAUGGAGAAUUCUCACCAGAAGUAUUCGCCAUUUCUAGUAGUGCUACACGCUCAGCUGAUGUCUUCUCGGACGCAGGGCUCAAUGUACUCACUGAUGCUAAGUACUUCAAUGCCUACCAUAACCAGUAUUAUGGGUUUGGUACAACCAUUGCACCAUCAUAUGGAUUCGCAAUGAGACCAAAUGCCAUUUUUGGAGGAGCUGUUCAAGGUCAGAAGGUCAAGGAAGUGGAGAGGGUCAGACAAGAAUUCCCAGAGACAUGGCUCUGGAUCAACAAGACGGUUGGUGCUGACGGUAAAGCCACCAUCAGUAGCACUGUGCCUGCUACUAUCACUUCCUGGAUCGCCAGCGCCUUUGCUGUCAACUCCGCCACUGGUCUUGGUGUGGCCCAUCUACCACAAAGGUCAAAUCCAACGAGCCCCAGACUGUGUACUUCCCCAUCAUCUAUCGACAUCGAGGUGUCAGCACGAACAACUCUAGCCGCUGAUGCUGUCAGGAGACAGCUCAAUGUCCAGGCGGAAGGGAUCCCAAAAGAAUAUAACACACCUGUCUUCAUUGAGCUGACACCAGGAGGCGCUGACUUCAACCAACAUGUGGCACUGUCACUUCCAUCAGAGGCAGUAACCGGAUCAGAGAAAGUCAGAGUCAAAGUGACAGGUGACCUCAUUGGCGCCAGUCUCGACAACAUGGAGAACCUACUGGCUCUACCCACCGGAUGUGGUGAACAGAACAUGAUGACCUUUGCCCCGGAUGGAUAUAUUGCAGACUACCUUUACACAACCAAGCAAAUGACACCCGCCUUGGAGUCCAGGAUCAUGACCUAUCUCGAACUAGGCUACCAGAGGGAGCUCACAUAUCAGAGACACGAUGGAUCCUUCAGUCCUUUCGGAGACCGAGAUGAGGCAGGACACAUGUGGCUGACUGCAUUUGUAGCACGCAGUUUCCAUCAAGCCAGGGCUUAUAUUUUUGUGGGAAAUCAGACUUUGGCGAGGUCCCUGAACUGGAUGGCAGGGAGACAGAAUUUAGAUGGAUCCUUCAAUGAGCCUGGACUUGUAUUUGACAGACAGAUGCAGACUUCCAAAGCCUCUCUUACAUCCAUGGUGCUGCUGGCUUUCUUGGAAAAUCAAGACAUUGGUGGAUAUGGGACAAAUGAGUAUACGCUUGGAAACGCCACUGUGAAUGCCACGAAUUACCUGGAGUCAGUGGCUCCCUCUAUCACGGACCCCUUCACUCUCGCCAUUGUCAGCUACGCCUUGUCUGAGGCUGGCAGCUCAGUAGCGGAUGUCACUUUCAACAAACUCAACGCUGCAGCUGAGGUUAAAGGUACUCUGAAACACUGGACGGAACCAACAACAGCCUCCUCAACUUACUAUACAAACUGGACACCUCCCCACACACGCGCCCAGCCAAAUGACAUUCAGACAACAGCGUAUGGCCUUCUGGCAUCCUCUGCACGGGGUGAUCUCAAAGGAGGUCUUCCAAUAACCAACUGGCUGACCUCACAAAGGAACCCAUAUGGCGGCUUUUCUUCAACGCAGGACACAAUGGUUGCACUUCACGCCCUAACUGACUAUGCCCAACGUGCCCAUGCUUCCGGUUUCCAAGUUGAGGUUGACAUCAAGAGCGGAAGUGACAACCAGCACAUAUCUGUGACUGACAGCAACGCACUCGUUUUGCAAUCAAGAGAGGUGGAUGUGUUCUUCAACGUUGAUGCUGAAAUCGGUGACCCAUCCUUUGACAUUAACACUGUGCUGCUUGAUGACACCAUCAACAACUUCAGACUGAUGACCUGCACCAAAUGGCUGAAGGAAGGUUCCAGUGGAAUGACAGUGAUGGAGAUAUCUAUCCCAUCAGGCUUUGAUCCAGAUAUGACCUCAAUGGGCAACGUUGCUGGUCUGAAGAGAUUUGAAAGACGUGGUAGAAUCGUGGUUGUAUACUUUGAUGAGAUUGGCACAACGUCUAUCUGCUUUGACAUCCUGUCCACCAGAACCGGUAUGGUGACGAACAACCAGCCCAGCUACGUCACAGUCUACGAUUACUACCAGCCCAGUAACCAAGGUGCCACUUUCUACGAAACUCGCAGUCUCAAGGAAGCUACAAUUUGUGAUGUGUGUGACAAGUGUUGCAACCAGGUCGGUGAAUGA